UCAAAGAGAAAAGGAAAGGAGCAAGCCGGAAGCCAGACAACAAGAGCAUCAAAACAAGGCUGUUUUUGUGUAUGAGGAACUUUGCCUGGGAGAUAAAAUUAGACCUAGAGCUUGCUGACAGGGAGUCUGAAGCGUGGGACAUAGACCAUUCACUGGGAUGGCAAGGGAAUUCUGUCCCUGAGGACAGGACUGAAGCUGGGAUCAAGCGUUUCCUGGAGGACACCACAGAUGAUGGAGAACUGAGCAAGUUCGUGAAGGAUUUCUCAGGAAGUGAGAGCUGCCACCCACCAGAGGCUAAGACCUGGGCAUCCAGGCCCCAGGCCCCAGACCUCUAUGAUGAUGACCUGGAGUUCAGACCCCCUUCGUGGCCCCAGUCCUCUGACAGCCAGCAGUACUUCUGUGCCCCAGCCCCUCUCAGCCCAUCUGCUAGGCCCCGCAGCCCAUGGGACAAGCUUGAUCCCUGUGAUUCUUCUGAGGAUGACAAGGAGUAUGUGGGCUUUGCAACCCUCCCCAACCAAGUCCCCCGAAAGUCCAUGAAGAAAGGUUUUGAUUUUACUAUCAUGGUGGCAGGAGAGUCUGGCCUGGGCAAAUCUACACUUGUCAAUAGCCUCUUCCUCACUGAUCUGUACCGGGACCGGAAACUCCUUGGUGCUGAAGAGCGGAUCAUGCAAACCGUGGAGAUCACUAAGCAUGCAGUGGACAUAGAAGAGAAAGGUGUAAGGCUGCGGCUCACCAUUGUGGACACACCAGGUUUUGGGGAUGCAGUCAACAAUACAGAGUGCUGGAAGCCUGUGGCAGAAUACAUUGAUCAGCAGUUUGAGCAGUAUUUCCGAGAUGAGAGUGGCUUGAACCGAAAGAACAUCCAAGACAACAGGGUGCACUGCUGCCUGUACUUCAUCUCACCCUUCGGCCACGGGCUCCGGCCAUUGGAUGUUGAAUUCAUGAAGGCCCUGCAUCAGCGGGUCAACAUCGUGCCUAUCCUGGCUAAGGCGGACACACUGACACCUCCUGAAGUGGACUGCAAGAAACGCAAAAUCCGGGAGGAGAUUGAGCGCUUUGGAAUCAAGAUCUAUCAAUUCCCAGACUGUGACUCUGAUGAGGAUGAGGACUUCAAAUUGCAGGAUCAAGCCCUGAAGGAAAGCAUCCCAUUUGCAGUCAUUGGCAGCAACACUGUAGUAGAGGCCAGAGGGCGGCGAGUUCGGUGCCGACUCUACCCCUGGGGCAUCGUGGAAGUGGAAAACCCAGGGCACUGCGACUUUGUGAAGCUGAGGACAAUGCUGGUGCGUAGCCACAUGCAGGACCUGAAGGAUGUGACGCGGGAGACACAUUAUGAGAACUACCGGGCACAGUGCAUCCAGAGCAUGACCCGCCUGGUGGUGAAGGAACGGAAUCGCAACAAACUGACUCGAGAGAGUGGUACCGACUUCCCCAUCCCUGCUGUCCCACCAUGGGCAGAUCCAGAAACUGAGAAGCUUAUGCGAGAGAAAAAUAAGGAGCUCCGGCGGCUACAGGAGAUGCUACACAAAAUACAAAAACACAUGAAGGAGACCCAUUAACUGGCUUUCAGCCCUGGGUAUUUAAAUCUCUUCCUCUUCCUGUCCAUGUCGGCCCCUCCCAGCACCAGCUGUGCUCAGGCCCCUUCAGCUAUUGCCACUUCGCCUUACAUCCUGCUGACUGCCCAGAGACUCAGAGGAAAUAAAGUUUAAUAAAUCUGUAGGUGGUU